GGAGAGAAGCCUUACUUCUGCUCUGACUGUGGAAAAUGUUUCUCUCAACUGGGGGUCUUAAAAAUACAUGAACGUAUACAUACAGGAGAGAAGCCUUACUCCUGCUCUGACUGUGGAAAAUGUUUCUCUCAACUGGGGGUCUUAAAAAUACAUGAACGUAUACAUACAGGAGAGAAGCCUUACUUCUGCUCUAACUGUGGGGUGAGUUUCUCUCAACUGGGCAACUUAAAACAACAUGAACUUAUACAUACAGGAGACAAGCCCUACUCGUGCUCUGACUGUGUAAAAUGCUAUACAACAUCAACUAAGCUAAAAUGUCAUCAGAGAACACACACAGGAGAGAAGCCUUACUCCUGCUCUGACUGUGGAAAAUGUUUCUCUCGACUGGGGGUCUUAAAAAUACAUGAACGUAUACAUACAGGAGAGAAGCCUUACUCCUGCUCUGACUGUGGGGCGAGUUUCUCACAACCGGGCAACUUAAAACAACAUGAACGUAUACACACAGGAGAGAAGCCUUACUCCUGCUCUGACUGUGUGAAAUGCUUCACAACAUCAACUGAGCAAAAAAUUCAUCAGAGAACACACACAGGAGAGAAGCCUUACUCCUGCUCUGAAUGUGGGAAGAGUUUCUCUCGACUGGGCAACUUAAAAACACAUGAACAUAUACACACAGGAGAGAAGUCUUACUCCUGCUUUGCCUGUGGUAAGAGCUUCACAACAGCAGGGGCUCUGACAACUCAUCAGAGAGUGCACAUAGGAGAGCAGCCUUACUCCUGCUCUGACUGUGGAAAAUGCUUCACAAUAUCAACUGAGCUAAAACUUCAUCAGAGAACACACACAGGAGAGAAGCCUUACUCCUGCUCUGAAUGUGGGAAGAGUUUUCCUCAACUGGGCCACUUAAAAAAACAUGAACGUAUACAUACAGGAGAGAAGCCUUACUCCUGCUCUGACUGUGGGGCGAGUUUCUCACAACCGGGCAACUUAAAACAACAUGAACGUAUACACACAGGAUAGAAGCCGUUUUCCUGCUCUGACUAAAUGGGCCAUUUAAAAAGACACCAAGGUAAACAUAAAAUAGAGAAGCCUUACCACUGAUCUGACUGUAGAAAAUGUUUUAA